AUGAAGAAGAUGUUGAAGGUAGUAGAAGAGUUCCUGGACAGGUCGAAGAAAAUGAAGGCUAAACCAUCGAAGUGCCUGUCUAUGUCUAUGAAGUGUACUGGAGGAAAGUACAAUACCUAUGAUGCAGAGUUUGUACUAAGCGAACAACAGGUGCCGUCCAUUAUCCAAGCACCAAUGAAGUUCCUAGGAAUGUACAUGUAUGUAGAUCUUGAGGUGAAGGAAAUUCGGUCCAUGAUUAAGAAGAAGUUAGAGGACCUUUUGGAAACUACGUCUAAUGAUGAAAUCACCGGUCCAAUGAAGGCGUGGGUGUAUAACCACCUCAUCAUUAGUAAGAUGUCAUGGGGGUUUACUGUUUAUAACCUACCCAUCACAUGUGUGAGAGAGCUUGAGGCACUGUGUAACAGAUACCUUAAGAAGUGGCUAGGGAUUGCGCAUCCUUGUACCACCACCGUCCUCUACAGGAGUAGAGACCAGAAAGGAUUGCAGCUGAAAAACAUCUGCACUGAGUACAAAGUCAUCCAACUUAUUAAGGGACACCAACUUUGUAACUCUAGUGACCCCUACAUCAAAAAAGUGUACUCUAACCAUAAGGCUAUUGCAGACACACAGAAGAUGUGGUCUUAUCCCAAAGAGCUGAAAGACCGUCAGCGCCAACUUUACUUCCAAGAGUUAGUUGGAAAACCUGCAGUUGGUACAACUGGCCUCGGUUAUGGGACAAGAUAUGAGGACACAUCAGAGAGGAAACUGCUAACCAACAUGGUGAGGACCUUUGAUGAAGAGACACUUAUUUGUUCACUUUUUGACAAAAAGCGGCAAAACCUCUUUCUCACAUGGGAAAAUACAAUGACAUUCGACACCACGUGGAAUAACCUGAUCUAUCAACUUAGUCCGGAACUGUUAAAGUUUCAUGUCAAUGCUAUCGCCUAUCCAUGA